CCACCCUCUAACAUUGGAACUAACUAAAAUAGUGAAUAGAAAAAUGGGCAAAGUGUUGACACUACUUGUGCUCCGAGUACUUAUGAAUCUCUUACUUAUCGGUUGGAUUUCUCUCUGGAUCAUAAAACCCACCACUUUAUGGAUACAAUCUUGGCGUCAAGCAGAAGAUAUCAUCAGACACACUUUCUUCAGCUAUUACGGUCUCAGCUUUGCCGUGUUCUCAUUCCCUCCUAUUGCUCUUUCUAUAAUUGGACUCAUUUACUUGAGUUUACUCCCGCUAUACAAUCGUUCAACAAGAGGAGGGAAGAGUGUAGAUUUUAAUGUCUCAAGACCAGCCAUUAUCAAUAGCUUCAUCGGAAUUGUGUCUUGUUUCGAGAUCAUUGCUCUUCUUCUGUUCCUACUCUUUCUAGCUUGGACCUUCUACGCUCGCGUCUCCAACGACUUCAACAAGCUGACGCCUAUCAAAACCAUGAAUCUUGAACUAUGGCAGCUUAAGUACUUUAGAGUAGCUACAAGGUUCGGUCUAUUAGCCGAAGCCUGUCUCUCUCUGCUUCUUUUCCCUGUCUUGAGAGGACUUUCGAUGUUCCGGUUACUCAACAUUCAGUUUGCAGCUUCUGUAAGAUAUCAUGUAUGGCUUGGGAACGGUUUGAUAUUCUUUUCUUUGGUUCAUGGAGGAAGCACCUUGUUCAUAUGGACUAUUACUCAUCACAUUGAAGAAGAGAUUUGGAAAUGGCAGAGAACAGGCCGGAUAUAUGUAGCUGGAGUGAUCAGUCUUGUAACAGGAUUGCUGAUGUGGGUCACAUCACUUCCUCAAAUUCGAAGGAAGAAAUUUGAAGUUUUUUACUACACACACCAUUUGUAUAUACUCUUUCUUGUAUCUUUCUUGUUUCAUGCUGGUGAUCGUCACUUCUACUGGAUCCUCCCUGGAGUCUUUCUCUUUGGACUCGACAAGACACUUCGGAUUGUUCAAUCACAAUCCGAAAGCUGCGUUCUUUCCGCACGUCUCUUCUCUUGUAAAGCCAUUGAGCUUGUCUUGCCAAAGCACCUAAGGCUUAACUACGUUCCAUCGAGUUUUAUAUUUGUGAACAUCCCGUUGAUCUCACAAUUUCAAUGGCAUCCGUUUAGUAUUACAUCGAGCUCAAGUGUAGACAAACACACAUUGUCUGUUAUGAUGAAAUGUGAAGGAAGAUGGACAGAUUCUGUUUAUAAAAUAGUAGAAGAAGCUGCAAAUUCUGAUAAGAAUAUUAACAACAUGACCAUAAGAGUAGAAGGUCCUUAUGGCCCUGCCUCGGCAUAUUUCCUCAGGUAUGAUACUCUGUUUCUUGUGGCGGGAGGAAUCGGUAUUACGCCAUUUCUAAGUAUUUUGCAGGAAUUGGCGUGCGAAAACCGACUCAAAUCUCCCAAGAGAGUGCAGCUCGUAUUUGCGGUCAGGACAUUCCAAGACAUUAACAUGUUGAUUCCAAUAUCCUCUAUGCUCUUUACCCCAAUCCACAACUUAAGUCUCAAGAUAAAAGUUUUUGUCACCCAAGAGAAAAAGCAUUCGAAUGGACCAACAACAUUACAAGACUUCUUGGCUCAAUCACAAGUUCAGUCUAUUCACCUAGGAACCGAGGAGGACUAUUCAAGAUUCCCAAUUCUUGGCCCUGACAGUUUUAGAUGGCUUGCCACAUUAGUCCUUAUAACCGUUCUCAUGUUUCUCGGGUUGCUUAUUGGUUUAUGCCAUUUCUUUAUACCUUCUGAACACAAGAAUCAUUCACAUUCUAUGAAAUUAGCUGCUUCAGGAGAAAUGAAGACAGCUAAAGAAAAGGUUCCUUCGUGGGUUCCAGAUUUGGUUAUCAUUGUAUCUUACUUUAUAGCUAUAGCAACCGGAGGUUUAGCUGCAACUAUUCUAAAGUGGAGACGACAAAACAGAGAGGCACCAAGAAUGUCUAAAGAAGAAGUAAAACCAGAGGAAAGAAACUUCACCGAGUUAAUACCAAUUGCACAUGUUGAGGAACAUGAAAUACAUAUCGGAGAAAGGCCAGAAUUCCAAGAGAUAUUGUCGGAGUUUGGGAAGAACUUGAGAGGAUGGUCGAGUAUAGGAGUUUUGGCAUGUGGACCAGAGUCCAUGAAAGAGGCUGUGGCAUCGAUGUGUCGCCAAAGAUCUCAGUGUUUUGGAGUAGAGGAUUCAAGAAGAAGCCACAAGAAGAUGAAUCUCAGUUUUCAUUCUCUCAAUUUCAACCUCUAAUAUAAAAGCCUUUUCUAAAGAGGUAUUAGUCAAUAGUAGUAGAUUGUAUCAUUAUUUUCUCAUUCUCGUGUAAUUUGUAACAUUUUGGGUCUCCUAUCUAUACUUUUAUAAUUGCUAUUUGAGAAUUCCCAAAA